AGAGAAUAUCGCUGAGCAAGUUAGUUCAGGUUAAUUAAACUGUCGACAUAUUUGGAAAACCUCCAGAUAAAUGAGAACACGAUUUCAAACUCUGCACAACUGGACGGCUGACUUCCAAAUGUUCCUGAAUUCAGGAAUUCUUGAGUUUUAACAUUUUAUUAAUUAAUCUUGGCCAAUGUGCAUUUCAUAAUAAAUACAAUGACCUCUGGGUGCCGCAAGUAAAUAACUCAGUUUUUGUUUGAACUUUGGCCUAGUUUGUUUCAGAUCUGCAUUUUUGAGAUCACAGAAGCCCUUUUCCACCACUUAAAUGACAACGUCCCUCUGCCCACUGAAGCCUCAGACAUGAAGAACGGAACAGAUCAGGAGAAUGGAUCCACAUUCCUGUACUUUGCUUACGGUAGUAACCUGUUAAAAGAGCGACUGCAGCUAAAGAAUCCAUCAGCAACUAUUUUCUGUGUGGCUAGACUCAAGGACUAUAAACUGGUGUUCGGGAACCACAAAGGGCAUUCGAGUCUGAGCUGGCAUGGAGGUGUUGCAACCAUUGAGCACAGUCCAGGUGAUGAGGUGUGGGGGAUGGUGUGGAGGAUGAAUAUGUCUGACCUUGAGUCUUUGGACAGUCAGGAAAACGUUAAGAUGGGCACAUAUAUUCCAGUAGAGGUGUCCGUCUCUUCCAGUGGCCUGGAUCUCAACUGUCGGACGUAUAUCAUGAACAGCUGCAUGUACGCAUCACCUUCACCACAGUAUCUACAGGUUAUCGUGAUGGGAGCAGAACAGAACGGACUUCUGGAGGAGUACCAGGAGAAGCUCAAAUCAAUUGAAACCAACAAGUACGAGGGCUCUCUCCCUGUGAUGAAGAAACUAGCCAUGAAAACAUCCAAAGAAAGGACCGAGCAGAUUCUAUCUGAUAAUUAGCAUCGGAUAGGUGCGCUCUCAUAAAUGGAGUCUAUGUGAAUCCUCAUUAGCCUCAU